AUGCCACCUCAUGAUGGACAGUAUCUUGUGGAAGAAAAGAGUUGGAGUGAAUUACUUUCGCAUGCUCGAUUAUGGCGGAAUAUUUCAAAAAAACGGAUGAAUAUGACACUACACCAUUUUUUACUAUAUCUUGAUCAUUCGGGUGUGGAACGAAUGCUCGCACUGGGUGGAUCAGGACAGUCUCCUCAAGAAACCAUUUAUACAGCGUCAUUGACUCGUUCACCGCUCGUUAGCUCAGUCGCCAAAUUAACCUUGUCUCCAUAUUUAAACACUAAACCUAGUAAGUGUGGACCACCACCUGCUGAAUUGGCUGCAUUAUGUGAGAGACAAAGAACGACAGUUUCAUCUGGCAUAUCGUCAUAUGAUUUCGAUCCUGCUUCAUCCACACUGUUGUAUUCUGAUUCUACCAGUUUAUAUCGUAUCCAGAAAGAGGAACAGAGUAUAAUAGGAAAUGGUAUAAAAGGUUGUCCUUUGCAUGCGAAACUAUGUCCGGUGGACAGCAGCCUGGUAGCGUUUGUAGCAAAUUCCAACGUACAUAUUGAUUGGAAAGGCAAAGUGAUUUACUCGUCGUCAACUGGAGAUAAUAUCAUAAAUGGAUGUUCUUCGUUUAUUGCUCAGGAGGAGUUGGAUCGAUUUACAGGAAUGUGGUGGUCUCCUGGCCCGCAAAAAAUGCUUCUGUAUGAACAGAUCGACGAAACAGCUGUUACUGGUUUGCAGUUUGCUGUUCCAGGCUGCUCACCUGCACGACCAAUGAAAUAUCCUAUUGCCGGAACUGCUAACGCAAUUUCUACAUUGCGUUUAAUAGUCAUCGACGAAAAUAAAGUAACUGAUGAGAAACUGAAUAUAGAACUUAGAACAGUUUACCCUUGGUAUGAGUACUUGUCACGAGUUGGUUGGUUACCCGAUGGAAGCGCGAUUUGGGCUUUGCUACUUAGUCGAUUACAAGAUAAAUAUGCGUUGGUUUUGAUACCAUUGACUUUAUUUGAAUCGCGAGAUAAUCAGGGUGGUGCGCAAGUAGUAACUUUGCUGCAAGAACAGUCGGAAAUUUGGUUUAAUGUGGAUAAUUUAACUCGGUUUCUAGCUCCAGUUGGAGGAAUUCUGCAGUUUAUUCAUGCAAGUGAUCGUGAUGAUUAUACUCACUUAUUUCACUACACUGCUAAACUUGAUGAGACUCAUGUAACAGCCACGUGCUUGUCACGACCAAUAACUGCUGGAGAUUGGUCAGUUUUAAAAGAACCCGGUUUGUUUGUUGAUGAAAAGAGAAAGCAUGUUUACUUUGUCGCCAAUAAACAUCAUCCGUCUGAUGCUAAUUUGUACGAGCGGAUGGAAUGUGAACUACAGCUGAAUCCGGAAAUUGGAUUUGUUUGUUGGGAAAGCUCACUGCAAAUGCCACCACGAUGUGCAUUCUAUCGAUUGCAUCAUUUAAAUGGUGAUUGGUUACCAACAGCAACACUGCAGCACCUUAUUUAUUUGUCUCAGCCAAGUCUUACUAAUGAAUUAGGUCAAAGAAUUGAAAAUAUGUGUGUACCAAAAGCUGCAGCCAAAGAAUAUCCUGAACUAAUUGAAUAUCAGUCAAAGAAUUCUAAGCGAAAACAUUAUGCAUUGUUACUGAAACCAUUUGGAGCAAUUAGAGGACUCCAAUAUCCUGUUAUUCAACUUGUUUACGGUGGACCCGGCGUGCAACUUGUUCGUAAUGCCUGGUCCACAUGGGUCGGAUUUCGGAAAUUUGCAAGUCUUGGUUACGCAGUGCUUAUGGUUGAUGGUCGAGGUUCUUCAAAUCGUGGCAUUUCAUUUGAGGCUGCCCUAAAAAAUAAACUGGGAACAGUGGAAAUUGAAGAUCAGGUAGAAGGUCUUCGAGAAGUAGCGAAACGAACUGAUGGUUUAUUAGACCUCACUCGAGUAGCAGUAAUGGGUUGGUCAUAUGGCGGUUAUCUGGCACUGCUUUGCCUCGCUAAAAGUCCCAACGUAUAUAGGGCAGCGAUCGCUGGUGCUGCAGUUACAUGUUGGAGGCUUUAUGAUACAGCAUAUACGGAACGUUACUUGGGCUUACCGUCGGAUCCUAUUUAUAAAGAUUCUUCAGUUUUAAGUUAUGUUAAUCAGUUGCCGAAUGAAGUUGAUCGUUUGUUAAUUGUUCAUGGUUUGAUCGAUGAAAAUGUACACUUUUCUCACACUGAGCGUCUCAUUGAGGCUUUAAUUGCAGCUGGCAAGCCACAUUGCCUGCAGAUUUUCCCAUCGGAACGUCACGGUGUACGGUCUGUUGAAGCAGGCGAAUUUCACGAUGCUUCUAUGUUAUCUUUUUUGUGUCGUGCUCUAGCUGUUGACCAUGUGCAUUCAAAUAUUAUGCAGAGUACAGAGAACCCAUUUUAA